CAUAUGCUCCCAUCAGCGGCUAGUUGUCAUUAAGUCGGAGACCAAAGCGAAUCCCCUCCAAAUCAAGAGAAAAAAAAAAAAAAAGAAAAAAUUAUGAAUUUGUUUAUAUUAUCCAUAGCCCUAAUGGGUAUGGGAAUGAUUGCAGCUGCUCCGGCUCCCGUGCCCGAGCCCGUGGCCGCACCCGGACCAAAUCCCACACCCGUACAAAUCGUCUACACGGGUGAAAGUUGUGAUUGCCCACAGAAAUUGGGCUAUCAAUUGAAUGUGCCGAAUACGUAUAAGCCGAAAAAGCCAACUUAUAGCCAAUAUGGCUAUCGUGUGGAAAAGCCGGUGCAAACCAAGGCCAAGAUCAGUUACAGUUUCGAUUUCACGGUAGAAGAGCCACGUACCCCGCCACCGCCCAAAGUGAAACCCUCGAAAUUGUAUGCCAAAGUCGAUAGAGUCACAGUGAAUAAGCCAGAUUGCGGUGCCAAGCGGGCUGCAGGUGGCUGCAGUUGCUCGAGCUGUUCGUCUAGGUAUGUGUCAAGUCCAUCAUUAGCAAAUCCAUCACCCAAUGCCAUAAGACGUCGUCGUGAUUUGCGACGAAAGGGUCUGCCGUUGCCAGAGCGUCCGGCGCGUUACAUUAAAUUGUAUCACAAAGAUCUAGCCCAAGAGAAACACCAACAAGAGAUAUCGAAAUUUCCAACAUUUCCAUCGUUUGCCCAUGGUAAACGGAAAACGAAAAAAGCCCUCAUCAAUUGGAAACCAUUGUCCACGUCUCGUCGCCAUUUGACCAAACGAGAUAUCAAAGGUGAAUUCGAUCUAUUAGAACGCGAACGUGAACAAAUUGACUAUCAUGCGCCAGAGAUAAUCCAAUUUAUGCCCGAAACUUUGAAUCCAAAUUAUAAGCCAGUGCCAUGUCACAUGGGCUGCGGUGUCAUUGAGGCAGCGGCACCACCAGCACCAGCAGCAGAACCUGCUCCACCCCUAGAAGUAACGACCACCAGUUCAAUGGACACACAAGACAAUAAUGAUGAAACAGACGAAACGCCGUCACAUAUCAUCAAUUCGAUCAAUACGAAAAGAGCCGCUGCACCAUAUUUUCCACAACAUUUGCAAUCGCCAUUGAGGCCAAUUCUGCCACAUUAUCAACAGCAGGGCUAUAAAUAUGUCGAUGAUACCCAUUUGAGUACUCUGCUGUCCACGACUUCGGUGCCAGAUCCUUUAGAACAGAGUUCGACUCCCUUGCAAUUUGUUGGCGAUCUCGAGGGACCUGGACGAGGACGAGGACGAGGACAAGGACGUGGACCCUAUGACUCAUUGGGGGCCAUCGAACAUGUGGCUGAUGCACAAUUGGAUAGCAUUAUAAAGGGCUUAUUGCAUCAGCAUCCAACUUAUAACUAUGAUAAUCAAUUUGGCGAUCUUGUCGAUCCGGAACCCAUACAAAAGAAACAGACAACCGAUUUUCUUAAAAAACUCAUCGAUGGCCGUCUCGGGGGCUGGGGAUUUGGUGAUGAUGCUGUUACCACCCUUGAACCCGAGCAGCUAUUGCAAACGGAUUAUGCCAACAGUGCAAGGCCAACAAAAACCUAUGGCUAUAAUAGUCAUACGCAAAAUGGUUACAAUGUGGACACAUAUAAUGCACCGCCCAUAACAGAUUAUUUGCGGGCGUGGUUCUAAUACUCUGAUAUAUAUUUACGAUAUUUACAAUUUAUUUAGUUAUUAAGACCUUAAACUUUAGAAUAAACGAUCAAUAAAUGGAAAAACCAUUUCUUUUGUUGUUGCUAUCGCAAUUUUAAUUCAA